GUUGGGACUUGGGUGUGAUUGCACUUCAUUGUGCUUCUCUAUAUUGGUAUCCUACAAAGAACUUAUAUCUCUUGUAAUUUCCUUCAUCUUGUUGGCCAUGGAAGCAGAGACUGAACGUGGCACAGUAUGUGUAACUGGAGCAUCUGGUUACAUCGGAGCAUGGCUUGUUAUGAGGCUUCUCGAUCAGGGUUACGUUGUAAAGGCCACCGUGCGCGAUCCAAACAACACAAAGAAGGUGAACCAUUUGUUACAUUUGCCGAAAGCUAAGACACACUUGACUCUAUGGAAGGCCGUCCUUGAGGAUGAAGGAAGCUUUGAUGAAGCCAUCCAAGGUUGCACAGGAGUAUUCCAUCUCGCCAGUCCCGUGAAAAUUGAGUCCGAGGACCCCGAGAAUGAAGUAAUAAAACCAGCCAUCAAUGGGAUUUUGAAUGUUAUGAGGUCAUGUGCCAAGGCAAAAACAGUUAAGAGAAUCGUCUUCACUUCAUCAAUAGCAGCGGUCAUGAGGCAAGAACACCCACCUCCCAUGUAUGAUGAGAGCCACUGGAGUGACAUAGAUUUCGUCAGGAGGACUAAGAUGCCUGGAUGGAUGUAUUUUGCCUCUAAAACAUUGGCGGAAAAAGCAGCUUGGGAAUUUGCUGAGCAAAACAAUAUAGAUCUGAUCAGCGUCAUAGUAGCCCUUGUGGUUGGGCCAGUUAUCGUGCCAUGGAUGCCAACCGGCAUCGCCUUGGCAUUUGCUCUGAUCACUGGGACUGAAUGUCAUUACCCACUUUUAAAGAAAUGCUCUUUCGUUCAUCCGGAUGACCUUUGUAAUGCUCUUGUUUACUUGCUUGAGCACCCUGAAGUGAAGGGAAGAUAUAUUUGCUCAUCUCACGAUUCUACCAUAAGUGGACUUGCAAAAAUGCUGAAAGAGAAAUUUCCAGAAUACUAUAUCCCAUCCAAGUUUGAGGAUGUGGAUGAAAGCUUGGAAGUUGUUCCUUUCUCAUCUAAAAAGCUUCAGGACCUAGGUUUCAAGUACAAGUACAAUUUAGAAGACAUGUACAUUGGGGCUAUUCAAUCGGCCAGAGAGAAGGAUUUGAUUCCACUUUCCACUACAAAACAUACCAAGGACAGUGGACCUGUAGAUGAAUAAAAUUAAAAAUAAGAAAACCAUUUGAAUCAACAAAAUUGAGAAGGGUUGUUAUUGUGUGUGCUUUUCCUUGUUGUACCUUUUUUCUCCUUGAAGUCAAAGAUCAAAAUUAUUAAGGCCUAAUACAAUUUCAUUCGGACUGGUGAAGAAAUA